UGGCGAUGUAGCAAACGGAAGUACGCUAAUGUAUAGAUUUAAGAAAUACUACAACAAAACAAUGCACGACUCGGUAAAUACAACAAACGAUUUCAGGAGCGCAAAGAUUCACACUACAAGUGCUCCAAUAUCUUUUGAAACCACGAAUGGCGAUGUAGCAAACAUUUACACUACAAGUGCUCCAAUAUCUUUUGAAACCACGACUGGCGAUGAAGCAAACGGAAGUACGCUAAUGUAUAGAUUUAAGAAAUACUACAACGAAACAAUGCACGACUCGGUAAAUACAACAAACAAUUUCAGGAGCGCAAAGAAAUUUUGGGUGACAAAGGUUCGUUUGGAAGAACUCACAUACAUGGCAAAUGAACUCCUUAGUGAAAGCCGAAACUACGAGAAUCCUGAAAAUAUCAAUGUCGCCCUGUCGGUGGAAACUCUAACAACUAGAAUAAAACCGGAGCCAAACGAAACAUUCAGAUUAAAUUUGACGUCUAUUUACGUGGAUGUUCAGCAGUUCACAUCAUAUCAUUAUACUGAUUUACAAAUGAAAGACACUGAAUUCAAACUGGAAGGAAUAAAGGCAUUGUUACCUGGAAGCGCAGUUGAUAAAGCAUUACUCAUGUCAGAAGACAAACGCACUUCUGUAUCUUUUGUAGUGUUUCGAAAUGCUAGUUUCUUUCAGACAUCGAAAGAUAUUGCCGUCGAUCAAGUACUAUCGUGCAGCAUUGCUGACAAGAAAAUUACCGAUUUGUUGAAACCAUUUUGGUAUCAGAUACCUGUAAGUUAUGAGAAGUCAAACGAAACACGCCAAGUAAAAUUUCUAAAAUGUGCUUAUUACGAUGUGGAAAUAAAUGACUGGAAUUCUGAUGGAUGUUCGUAUGUUGUUGGAUCAAAUCCGCCAAAUUGUACUUGCAAUCAUUUAACGAAUUUUGCUGUAUUAGUAAAAACAGCCAAUUUGAAGGAUCCAUAUACUUUAGAAAUAUUCGGAAAAGUCGGAUGUUCACUUUCUGUGAUUGGACUUGCUUUGAUGUUGUUGUGCAUUUGUUAUUUUUCGUCGUUAAGAAAGAAUUUGACGAAUCAAAUACACUCAAAUCUCGGAUUCAGUCUCUUAGUGGCAUAUGUUUUGUUUCUGACGGGUGUUGAGCAGAUAAAUAAUAGAAUUGGCUGUAUUACUAUCGCAGGAUUCCUGCAUUUAUUUUUACUAUCUGCAUGGGGAUGGAUGGUAGUUGAAUGUGCCACUAUGUACAAGAAGCUUGUUUCAGUGUUUGGUUCAACGGGACCCCACUAUAUAGUAAAGGCUGCAGUCAUGGUAUACAGUGGUUCCGCUCUAAUUGCUGUUGUUACCGUCGCUGUUGCUGUAGGUUGGUUUGAUAGAAACUUUCUCAUGAAUUCACAUGGAUUUACAGAAGAGGAUGAAAUACAUGCUCCAUCCACAUACAUAAGUCAACGAUUAUGUUGGCUUCAUAAUUAUUCAUUAAUUUUUGGAUUUUUGAUGCCUAUCGCUAUUGCUCUCGUUAUAAAUAUAUUUGGCUUCAUCGCAAUUUCAAAAGCCAUUACUUGUGAUCGGUCGAAGAUACUACUAAAGUCAAACCAAAAGAAAACGUCACUUCGGGAGGCAAAGACUUAUCUUACAAGAGCCAUUAUCUUCACUUUUUUACUAGGACUAGCAUGGCUAUUAGCUAUUCCUUUAACAAUAUCCGAUGAUAAAAAUUGGAACAUUGUGUUUGGAUGGCUGUUCUCUGUCGCCAACUCAUUGCAGGGUUUCUUUGUCUUUUUUCUUUUCUGCAUUCGAAGAAAAGAUGUUUGUGAUUUAUGGACAACCGAAGUAUUAAAACUAUUAUGCAUAACAAGAAAAGAUAGUCACGUUAAAGGUCAGCCGAAGAUAGAUGGAAGACCAGGAACAAGUACACCACAGACUAAAUCGACUGAUGUAACAGUAACAUACACAAAGACCAACAAAAUCGAAGUUUGAUACCAUUCACAGCGAGGGGCUGUUAUGAAUUGAAAGAUUCAAUUCCAAAUGCCUGUUUCCUAGAUCUAGUCAAGUUCUUCGCAAAACAAAACUAUGGCUGAAGAAAAUAAAACAUAUUCAAUGCGAGCUGUAAUACUGAUGUUGAUACUCGAUUUGACUUGGUUAUUUGCUAUUU